AUGCUCAAGCCAACACUCACUCACUCCCGAUCUCACUCCGGUUCGUCUGUCGUCAACGUACUUGAUGACCUCCGGGUGAAAAAUAUCCUCAUGGAGGAUUACCCGGUCACUCAAACCGCCAUCAAUACUAUCACUGCCGGAAGACUCGGGGCUGAUGCUAUCGUCAAGGGACAGGACGAUCGAUUACUCGUUAUCGUCGGACCCUGCUCCAUUCAUGACACAGAAGCCGGAUUAGAAUAUGCUAAAUUACUCAAAGCCUACGCAGACGGGGCGAAAGACCAUUUACACAUCCUCAUGCGCGCCUACUUCGAGAAACCACGCACUUCUGUCGGGUGGAAGGGGUUGAUCAAUGAUCCGUCCCUCGAUGGCUCCUUCCAGAUCAACAAGGGUCUCAGGAUUGCCAGAGGAUUCUUACUUGAAUGUGCCGAAUUGGGCGUUCCUGUCGCCGUUGAAUUUCUCGACCAGAUCUCUCCACAAUACAUCGCUGACACGGUUUCGUGGGGGGCCAUCGGUGCUCGAACAACAGAAUCUCAAUGUCACAGAGAACUAGCCUCCGGACUCUCCACACCGGUUGGGUUUAAGAAUGGAACGAAUGGCAGUGUUGGAAUCGCUAUCGAUGCCAUCCGGGCUGCCAAGUCCGGGCAUGUCUUCCUAUCUGUCACCAAGCAGGGAAUAUCCGCUAUAGUCGAAACGAAUGGCAACGAUGCAUGCCAUGUGAUAUUACGAGGAUCAAACAGCGGCCCAAAUUUCUCAUCGAGUCACAUCAAACAAUGUGUCCAAGAUCUGUCCAAAGCCGGACUGAAACCACUCGUCAUGGUCGAUUGUUCUCACGGAAAUUCUGAAAAGAAACAUGAAAGACAAUUGGUUGUUGCUGAGGACCUGGCCAAUCAACUUGAAAAUCCCGAAACUCAAGAUUUCAUCAUGGGUGUCAUGAUUGAAUCGAACUUGGUUGAAGGUAAACAAAGUCUGGAGGCCCUUGGUCCCAGCAAGUUGACUUACGGAAAGUCUAUCACCGAUGCUUGUUUGGAUUGGGAAUCAACUCGAAAAGCCCUGGACAGAUUGAAGGAAGCGGUUGGUCAGAGGCGGUCUCAGAAACUUGCUGCCAAGUCCUUCAGCUCCGUUUAA